CGUCCCCGUCGGGGGUCCCUCUGGGGUCCCUCUGGGCCCGGCGCCCCCAUGCCGGGGCCCGCGCCCCCCGGGGACGGCCUGUGCCGCCUGGCCGCCUACCUGGAGGAGCUGGAGGAGCUGGAGCUGAGGAAGUUCAAGCUGCACCUGGCGGGGCUGGCGGCGGAGGCGGGGGAGCGCGCGGUGCCGCGGGGGCGCCUGGAGGCGGCGGGGCCGCUGGACGUGGCGCAGCUGCUGGUGGCGUACUGGGGGGCCCCGGCGGCCUGGCGCCUGGCCCUGCGCGGGUUCGAGCGCAUCCACCGGAGGGACCUGUGGGAGAGAGCGCGCGGGGAGGACCCGGUGAGGGAUGCCCCGCCCGGGGGCCCGUGCCCCCUGGGGAGCCAGCCCGCAUGCCCGCUGGACGCCUUAGCCGGACCGCCAAGAAAAGAUCCUCGGGAGAUCUACCGCGACCACGUCCGCAGGAGGUUCCGGCUGAUGCAGGACCGCAACGCGCGCCUGGGCGAGUGCGUGAACCUGGGCCGGCGCUACACGCGGCUGCUGCUGGUGCAGGAGCACCCCACGCCGCUGGGGGCGCAGCGCGAGCUGCUGGGCGCGGGCCGGGGGCCCCCGGGGGCGCGCCCCCGCCAGGCCGGCCUCGUCCAGGUGGACACGCUGUUCGAGCCGGACGCCGAGCGGCCCGAGCCCCCGCGCGCCGUGGUGGUGCAGGGCGCGGCGGGCAUGGGCAAGACCAUGCUGGCGCGCAAGGCCAUGCUGGACUGGGCGGACGGCCGGCUCUUCCGCGGCCGCUUCGACUACCUCUUCUACGUCAACUGCCGCGAGCUGGGCCGCGGGGGCCCCGGGCCGCGGCCGCUCAGCGCCGGGGACCUGAUCGCGGGGUGCUGGCCGGAGCCCGGGGCCGCGCCCCCCCUCGGGGAGCUGCUGCGCGCGCCCGAGCGCCUCCUGUUCGUCAUCGACGGCUUCGACGAGCUGCAGCCCUCCUCCCUCCAGGACGGGGACGCCUCCCGCGCGCCCUGGGCCGGGUCCUGCGAGGAGAGGCGGCCCCCCGAGCUGCUGCUCGGCAGCCUCCUGGGCCGGCGGCUGCUGCCCGCGGCCGCGCUGCUGGUGACCACGCGGCCCGCGGCGCUGGAGCGGCUGCAGCGGCUGCUGCUGCACCCGCGCCACGUGCAGGUGCUGGGCUUCUCGGCCGCCGGGCGCCGCGAGUACUUCCGCCGCUUCUUCGGGGACCCCGCGCGCGCGCGCCGCGCCUUCGGCUUCGUGCGCGACCACGAGCCGCUGCUGGCGCUGUGCUUCGUGCCGCUCGUGUGCUGGGUGGUGUGCACCUGCCUGCAGCAGCGCCUGGAGGCCGGCG